AUGUCUUCCUCCUUGGUUUUCCCGAAAAUCGUUUCAGAUUUCUAUUUUUUGCUGAAAAUCAUGACGGACGGUCCACAACUCAAAAAAUUCCGGAUUUGGAAUCCAGCAAUUCAAUCCGAAAAUCAUGAAGAAUCAGAAGAACGAAAAACGAAUUUGACGACUCAAGACGAGGAGAAACCAUUGGAUUGUACGUCGAAAAAUGGACAAUUUCAGUUGCCAGAAGUUUUUCAGAAUUAUCUUCAACUGGCUCCUUUAAUGCUCCGCCUCCAACAACAGCGUCAAAUGGAAGAAUUGGCACGACGCCAAUUCUUUUCGCAAAUUUGCCACGUGGCACCGAUUCCGCCAGUAGCCUCUCAGAAUCCCAGAAUCCCACGAAUGACGUCAUCUGCGACGUCUUCUAAAAAUUCUGGAAUACCUCUUCAGAUGACGAAUCCUCUAGUGGCAACUGCUCUUGGAAACUCGGUGGUCAAUGAGAAUUGUUGUGCAGUUUGUGGAGCACAAUUCAGAUUGACUGGAGACCUGGUUCAACACAUGCGAAACAAUCAUCGAAAAACCAAGUUCAAGAGAAAAGCGGAUUUUCAUUCGAAAAAUUGA